AUGAGUGACGAGAUUGAACUAUCGCUCCCAAUAGCCAAUGUAGGACGGAUGAUGAAGAAGAUCCUCCCACCAAGUGCAAAGAUUUCAAGAGAAGCAAAAGAGAGAAUGCAACAAUGUGCAUCGGAAUUCAUAUGUUUUGUAACCGGCGAAGCAGCCCAUCGGUGUCAAAAGGAGAAUCGAAAGACGGUGAACGGAGACGACAUAUGCUGGGCUUUGAGUUCACUAGGCUUCGACAACUAUUCAGAAGCCAUGUUAAGGUACUUGGAAAACUUUAGGGAGUUUGAGAGAGAAAGGGCUAACCAAAAUAAUUAUAAAGCUAAUAAUAAUUGCAUUGAAGAGAAAGAUGAAGAAACGAGCUAUGAAGAUAUUACCACUUCAUUUGAUUUUGGGAUUCUCGAGAGAGGAGGAGCAUCCUCAGCAAAGCACUCUUGA